CUUUCUUUCUGUAAUAAUGGGGUGUCCACCGCUAAGAAAAACACAAUCUUCAGAUGGAGCACAAAAAUAUUGGGAACAAAUUCAAUAGAAAAUUAUAAAAGAAUUAAACGAACCAAUAGUUGACAAAGAAGAGAACUAAUAAGAUAAAAGUUCUGAAUUAAAGGAAUAGGAAAAAAUCAUUUAGUAAAAUUAAGAGCAAAAUUAAUUCUCAGAGAAUUUAGAAAAUCUCAACUAAAAAACCACAUAGAUAGUUGAAAGAAAAGAAUAAAGGAUCAGCAAAUUAGAAAUAACUAAUUUAAAUUCUCUCUCUAUUUCUCUCACAAAGAGAUAAAAAAAAUUGGACAUUUCAAAAUAAGAAAUAAAUCAAAAAAUUAUGGUAAUAAAAAAAGAGGAAACUCAAAACAUAGUUUAAAAGUCUUAAGAAGAAGAAAAAAUCAUAAAUUAAGAUAUAGAAAUAUAAUAAAAAGAAGUAUAUUAAAUUGAUAAUAAUUGUUUAAAAUAAAAUAAUUAAUUAGAGAUUUAAUAAAAUAAAAAUACUUCAGAUAUUUAAGAUGAAGUCAUCUAAUAAAUAUAAGAUGAUAUACCUCAAAGCAUAAAUGAGGAAAAUAUUUUGAAAAGGUGUUUUAUGAUUGAUUCAAAAUAAUUAAAAAUUGGUAAAUUAUCAGCAUAGUUUUUGAAUAAAAUAAAAGUGAUUACUAGUGAUAUCAUAUUAGAUGAAAUCAUAUAUAAAGUCAUAAAUACGACUCAAAUAAUGUAUUCUCAAAGGGUAACUUGGUUAAUCAAAGUAUUAAUUAAUUUAUCCGAAUGUAAAAUAUAAUAAUAAAAUGCUAUAUUUUAUGAUGGUUAAAUUUCAAAAGAACUUUUGAUGAAAUUAAUAAAUGCAAUUCUUGAUAAAAUUGUGAGUGCAGUAGCAAGACCGUAAAAAUUAGAAUGGGUAAAUGAUAGAGAAGAUAUUAAUAAAUUCAAUAGUGAAGAUAAUUAAAUAGCCUCAUAAGUUUAUGAUAUGAUGUUUGGAUAAUAAAUUUUAGAUAGUUUAGAUGUUAGUAAUGAUAAUUUAGACUAUCCAGCUCUAAAUUAUUUAUUAACAUAUCUUGAUACUAAAUGUUAAACUUAAGAUUCUUUAAGAUUUUUAGAAUUAAUUACAAAAAGAGAACUAUUCAAAUGUUAAAAAGUAAAUUUAAAAGAUUGCGCUAAUUAAGAAAGAGCUCUAUAAUUGUUAAAUAAAUUAUCUUUAUAUCCAAAAUUAACAGAACUUUUAUUGGAAAAUAGUUGGGCUUUUGGAAAAUUUUAAUAGUUCACUACAGGUAGAGAUAUAUAGAAAUAUUCCAUUUUUGGCUCAAUUUUAUGUUUAAGUACAUUUCCGAGAGAUUUUCCUGAAGUAAAAUCUAUUUUUGGUAAUCAAGCCUAAAGCUUAUAAAUGCAUUAAAUAUGUUAUAGAGGUCCAAUUUAUGAUUUAAUUAAUAAAAUGGCUGAUAUAUUUUUAAGAAUUAUAAGAAGAGGAAAAUAAGCUUAAUUAUAAUUAUUUACUUUUGUUAGUAAACUGAUUGAAAUUAAUCUUGAUAUUGAAAAAGUAACUUAAAAAGAAAAAUAUGAAAAAUGUUGCUUUUAGGGUUUGAUGUUCAAUUUAUAAUAAGUGUUAUUGGAGAUUUUUAAUCCUUUUAUUUAUAAUAAUGAAUAAGCUAAUGCUAAAGUAAACAAAAUAAAUAAAGAUCUUCUUGCUUAUAUUAAAGAUCAUCCUCUUUUAGCUAAAAUUUAUUAAAAUGUUAAUUAAAUGGCACCAUUAAAAACAGUAUUUAAACCAUUAGAUAAAUAUCCUGAUGUCGAUCCUAUGACAUUUUUAUAUUUAUUAAUUUAAAAGAUUAAUUCACUUCAAUAACAUAUGAUUAUCGAUUAUGUUUUAGCUUAUGUAUUUUUGUAAUAUGAUAAAAAACAUUUUGGAAGUAAUUCUAAAUUUACUUAGGAAAGUGAAGUAGAUAAAGCAACUUAUGAUACAUUAUUGCUUCAUCCAAAAAGUGUAUAAAAUACAAUUUAAUUUUUAUCAUUUUAAAGUAAAGUUGCUUUAAGUUUACUUGAUGAGAAUUGUUAACCAAAAUAUCCAUAUGGAUUAUUAUCUAAUUAAUUUAUGCAUGAUAGCUUUAAUUAUUGUUUUAUUUACAAUUCUAAUGAUUUAGCUUUAGAUUAUUUAGAUGAAAUCAUUUCUAUUUGUGAAUUAACUAUUAUUACUAUGAAAUAUAAUGAUUUAAUUGAAGAUAUACAUCUAAGAGUACAAGGAAUGGAAUUAUUUUAUAUUUUUAAUGAUUAUGUAUCAUAAAAGAAUAAUGCUGCAGCUGAAAAAUCAUAUAAAAUAUUUGCAGAAAAUAAAAUCAUUAAAGAUUAUCUAAUUGAAGGACUUAUUAAAGCAUAUGUUGAUCAUGAUAGAGUAAAAGUCAGCAACAUUUUACCUCCAUUAAGAUUUAAGUCAGCUAUUUCUCAAUUAUUUACAUAUAUAUUAACAACUCAUAAAUAAAUAUAUGAAAAGAAGUUUUUAUGGUACAUCAAAGUCAACACUAAAACCUAUUAAAGUUUUGCUUAUGUGUAUAUUAAUGAUAUCAAAGAAAUGGUAGAUCAAUGUAUAACUUAGACAAAAAAAAUAAAAGAAAAUGAAGAUAAUGAAUCUAAUUAACCAGCUAUGAAUUAAGCAUUAUUACCUAUUUAGGAAAAAUUCAUCAAACAGAUUCUGAAAUAGAUUGCAGAAAAGAAAUGUAUUUUUGAUUGGAAGGGGGUAACAGAAUUAUUUUAAAAUCUUAUAAUCUUUACUAAAAUUGAACCAUAAGCAUUUCUAAUCGAAGAAACAAGAUAAUAAUUUGUCUAAAAUCUUAAUUAUGUUUUAGAAUAAUUGAAUGGUCAAUAAAAUGACUUUUUGAAUUCCAAAUUCUUCACCAAUUAUGAUGUAUAACCUAAAGAAUUAUCAAUCAAAAUAAUUGAAAUAUUCAUUAACCUUAAAAGCUAAACUGUUUUUUGGGAUGAAAUAAUCAUGAAUAAUUAGUAUUAUAUUCUAUUUAUUUUAGAUCUUUGUAAAUUGAUAUGUUACAUUAGUUGAUAAAUAAAUUAAGUUAUUAAAAAACAAUUCCUGAAUAAUAACUAUAAGAAUUCUUUAAAGUUUUGGAUAACUUAGAUUUGUUAAGACAUGAUUUUGACUAAAUAAUGAAUGAUCUUUUAAAGGAUCCAAAUAAAGAAAGAAAAUAUCUUGAUUCUCUUACUAGAAAUUUGAUGAGUGAUCCAGUGAUGCUGCCAAAUUCAAAAGUAUGAUAGUUAAUAGAUAAUAAUUAGUAAAUAUUGGAUAGAGUGACAAUAAAAAGAUUAUUAAUAAAAAAAUAGGAAGAUCCAUUUGAUAGAUCCUUUUUAAGUGAAGAUAUGCUUGUAGAAUAAAAAGAAUUAAAAUAAGAAAUAAAAUAAUAUAUUGAAUCAAAAAAAUAAGAAAUGAGACUAUUAAGGCAAUCGAAAAGUAAAUACUAAAAUUGAUU